GAUGAACGAUUGAACCAAAUGGUCUACAUCCGACAAAAGUUGGAGAAAGCCUUACGCAAAGGACAAGAUACAGCGAAAACUAUUGAAGGAAGGCUACGAUCAUUAGCACAGUCGAAGGAGCAAAAGGAAUUAAUAGAUCUCGUUGUCAGGAUGGAUAGUAUGCAGGCAGAAAGAAUCUCAGCUGUAAAUGAUCUCGCGAUACAAUCUAUGAUAAUGCAAAAGACGGACAGCUCUAUGUCAAAGUUAACUAAAUACGAAAUGCUUGCCGAAAAAUUGAUUGAAGGCCGAUUAGAUGACAAAGAUCGCGAACAACUCGAACAGGAGUACAGGAUAGUAAAGAAUCAGUUCCAUUAUCAUCUAAUUCCACUCAAAAAUAUUCACACCGUCGUAUCAUGGAACUCGUUGCUCCUUCCCAAGAUCAAUUCAUCUCCUUCCACGUUUGUUGAAUCUACGUAG